AAAGGAAGUUAAAGAAAAAGAAAAGACUGGACCACUACUCCAUUUGCACAGAGACGAAAGCUCUUCCGACUCCUAAUCACGCAGCAGCACAUACUCACAGCUCAAAUACCCCUCUCAUUUGUGGGUUUAAUUCCUCUGUUCUACAGCGACCCAUCUAACCCAAAAGAAUAAAUAAUCAAUCCACCUUGCUAUGCCUUUUCGCUCGACUCGGCGGUGGAGGGGCACAAGCCAAUCGUUCAUGCCAUAGCUGACAGUGUCGGUCUCUCGCUUGUUUUCUCGAUUGUAAUCCCGAGAAUUACGGUGAUGACUGGAUUUCAAAUCUGGGAUCUCUGGCUGUGAAUUGUGGAGAAAGGAUCGGGAAAAGAUGCGGAGGCGGGCUGCCGAGUACCGGCGCCCGGUUAGAAGGAGGUAUUCGCUGUGGAUCUGGGUGCUUCUUGGCAUGUUCUUGAUUGCGGGAUUGGUGUUGUUUGUGUUUCAUCAUAACCAGCACGAGGAUCGCGUCGAGCAGCUCAUUACGGAGAGGAAGUCACGGGCAGAUCUGGUUAAUCAUGAGGGUUUGAACUUCACCAAAGAAAUACUAAGCCCUAGCUCAUUCUCAAGGCAAUUAUCCGAGCAAAUGACACUUGCCAAGGCUUAUGUCAUCAUUGCAAAAGAGCACAACAAUCUCCACCUUGCUUGGGAGUUGAGCAAAAGGAUCAGGAGUUGUCAACUUCUGCUCUCAAAAGCUGCCAUGAGAGGAGAGCCCAUAACAGCAGAAGAAGCAGAGCCAGUGAUUAGUAGUCUCUCAUAUCUAAUAUUCAAGGCUCAAGAUUCCCAUUAUGACAUUGCAACCACUAUAAUGACGAUGAAGUCCCAUAUUCAAGCACUCGAAGAACGUGCAAAUGCAGCCACCGUGCAGAGCACAGUGUUUGGUCAGCUGGUGGCUGAAGCUCUCCCCAAGAGCCUUCACUGUCUGAAACUAAAGCUCACAACCGACUGGCUGUCGAAGCUACCCCUCCAAGCUCUUGCAAAGGAGAAUGUGAACUCACCUAGGGUUGUAGACAACAACCUCUACCACUUCUGCAUAUUCUCAGAUAAUGUUCUUGCUACAUCCGUGGUGGUCAACUCCACAAUCUCCAAUGCCGAUCACUCAAAGCAGCUUGUGUUCCACAUAGUCACAAAUGGGGUCAACUUUGGAGCAAUGCAGGCUUGGUUCCUGACCAAUGACUUCAGAGGGGCCGCUGUGGAGGUACAGAACGCAGAAGAGUUCAGUUGGUUGAAUGUCUCUUAUGCUCCUGUGGUGAAACAGCUGCUCGAUAAAGAGUCACGAGUGUUCUACUUCGGUGGUUAUUAUGAAGAUAUUAGUGUCGAGCCAAAGCUAAGAAACUCCAAGUACUUGUCUUUGCUAAAUCAUCUCAGGUUUUAUAUACCCGAGAUUUAUCCCCAGCUGGAGAAGAUAGUUUUCUUAGAUGAUGAUGUGGUUGUCCAGAAGGAUCUGACUCAGCUCUUCUCUCUCAAUUUGCAUGGAAAUGUUAAUGGAGCAGUGGAAACUUGUCUGGAGUCAUUUCAUCGGUAUUACAAGUAUCUAAACUUCUCAAACCCAAUUAUCAGCUCGAAGUUUGACCCCCAGGCAUGUGGAUGGGCGUUCGGGAUGAAUGUUUUUGAUUUGAUUGCAUGGAGGACAGCGAACGUCACUGCUCGGUAUCACUUUUGGCAGGAGCAAAAUGCCGACCGUAUGCUUUGGAAACUGGGCACACUUCCUCCUGCCCUGCUGGCAUUUUAUGGUCUGACUGAGCCACUGGAUCGAAGAUGGCAUGUGUUAGGGUUGGGGUAUGAUAUGAACAUUGAUGACCGGCUGAUUGAGAGUGCUGCUGUGGUUCAUUUCAAUGGGAACAUGAAGCCCUGGUUGAGAUUGGGUAUUAGCAGGUAUAAGCCUCUUUGGAAAAGGUACAUAAAUGAGAGCCACCCGUAUUAUGGAGAUUGUGUUACAAGCUGAAGCAGAGGCUUCUACUUGCCUCAUUGAAUCCAAUGUCGAGCCUCCUUGCCUCUUCACGGGCGACGAUUGCAUUAUUUGUAGAGUCAAGUAGGAAAUUUUGGCUUUGUUUACAGAAUAGUCACUUAAAGAUGAAAAGGAAACAACUUUAUAUACAUUAGAAGGAAAGAAACCUUGAAAUUAAUAGGUGAAGAAGUGGUGAAAAUUCAUUGAUUUGGAGAGGGGGGACUUUCUUUCUUCCACCCCUCGCUAUGAGUAAAAGCUAUAGAAUUGUUUGUUCCUUGGCAAGAUACGUUGUAAUAAUUCCCAGAAACUUCUUUUUUUGUGCGUGAUAACUUGAACAUUAUCAGUCUAUUUAUUUUUGUUGGGUCAUACUGCAUUUAUAAGUCAUUGUUAAGCUUGUUGGAUUCGGUUCUGUUGAUCCUUGUUGUUGUCCUACUUGUGAAUGUGAUAGAAGAUUGAUGCC